AUGAUUGUGUGCCAUUGUUUUACAGCGCCAAACCAUGUCCCAAAGAGUUAUUUGGAGACAUUAUUAAGAAAGUUCGCUAAGCCCUUACAAGACAUACAAGAACUAGCAGGAGAAGGGGUACAACUAGAGUUUUCCAUUGGAUCACCUGAUAAAACACCUAUGGAUAUAGAUGAGAGUGGCGAAAAAUCGUCAGAACACGAGAUAAGGAGAUUGUUAAGAGGGAAAAUGAUAAACAAAAGGGGACCGUCCAGAAUAAGGUCUAUUUCAAGGCUUCCACCAACAGUUCGUAUACUUUCGCAACAACCAUCUCAUCUACAAACAAUUAAACCUCGAGGUCAACCACCGAUCAAGCAAUCCAAUAAACCACAGAAAAGGCCACCGUUGAGAUUAAAUAAAAUGCCAAAUAAAUCUUCUUUACUUACAAAACCAGUAAAUAAACAGAGAAGCCGGCAACAUCUCGUAAUUCCACAGAGUCAACACGGUCAAACUUUGCCAGAGAUACAUGAAUCACAACAGAGAGCGCAUCAAGAAAGAAUUGCAGUGACAUCCCAUACUGUACUGCAGCCAAGUAACCAGCCGCCUCUGUCAUCCCCGCUUCCUAACUUGUCUGCAUCAGCUGCCGCCUCACAUCCAGCUAUGCCACCAGGUCUAUCACACAGUACAAUAAUGAGAUUCAACUAUCACCCACAAACUUUGAGAUAUGACAAAAAAGAGAUAGAUUUAGAAGACAUCAAUAAAGCAUUUGUUGAUAUGGAAAAAAGGCUCAGGUCUGGAAUUGUGAAUGAAACUGAAAUUGAUGACAAAAAUGUUCUCAACAAUGACGCACUUAAUAAGACAUUGCAAAUCUUCGAAAAGAGGAUCUUGGAUAGUAUAGGAGGCCUUCAUCAUGAUGAGUUGAAAGAGCCGGUUUUAAAAAAGAAACAACGAGAGAAAUUGCUAUGUGAUGACGCUAAAAUAUUGCAAGAGGCGCUCACACCAGUUUCCUUUGAAGAACUUUGGAAGUACUUAGGAAACUACAAAUGCGAAGAAGACAACGAUCGCGAAGACGACACGAAUGACAAUAUCUUUAUUCAUACAGGAGAUCAUUCACCACCGUUGAAGAUACCACUAGCUAACGUUUACAGUAGGCUAAUUUACUGACAUAUUGUUUGACAACUGUUAAUAAUAAUUUAGACUUAAAACACAUGUGCCGCACGGCACAUUAAAAGCUUAUAAAAAGGAACAUAAGUUACUCAGGUAAGUGACGCACGAGUGUUUUUAGCACAAAGGCAUAGUUUGUCAUGUCUCAUAAUUAUGAGUUGAGUUUCAUACAAAAAUAAUAAUUAAGAGCUGUAUAAAAAUAAUUUUUAUAUAAAUUAAACUUUAAACCCAGCCUUAUGACCAACGUAUGACACGAAGUAAUCCUAAAACAGGCCUGUAGUGAAUUACAAGAUGUCGCUAUAAUUUUUGUUGUAUACAUUUUUCAUAGUUUUUUUAGCUGUUUAAUUUUUUAUUAAAGUUCCAAAUUUAAAUGUACUUGUUUUUGGCGCUUUUUUCUUUGUCAUUGUCAUUAUUUUCUCUGUGUUUCGUUCGUCUUUAGUUUGUUGGUUUUAAUAGACUGUAUUUCCGCGGGUCUAAAAUCUAAAAAUCUCUAAUUAGCACCUGAACCCCGUUGACGCAGUCCAAUACAGGGAUAUAUUUUAAGAAACAGUAUAAUUAUUUACUGGUGUACAAUGUACACAGGGUAGACGUAAGCUAAACGCCGUAAAUGCAUUUCGUAAACUUACCUUUAAUCAAAAUUUAUUAAGUCAAUAAAAAAACAAUUCGUUAUUUCAACCGACAUUUUUGAAAACAUAGCUCAUAUGGUAACAACGCACGGCAUCUAUUAAAAUUGCGAUAAAUCUUCAAAAUACUUAUAAUUUACACUUACACAUUCCAAGGUUAAGAAGAUCAUCCUAAAUGAUGCUCUAGGGCAG